GAAACAAUAGCGUUUCAUUAAUUAUAUUAUAGCGUUCCAUCCAAAUUCCAAUUUAGGGCAGGAAUCUCUCUCCACUCUGCCGCCUUAAAAACACACGCGAACUCAAAAUUUUCACCGAAUCCUUGUCACACAGAUCUCCCUCUCUUUUCUUGAGAAUUGGUUUCGGCUUCUGCUGGAUAUAUAGAUCAAGCGUUCAGUCACGAGUUCAAUCGUGAGUUCUUCUUUCAUGAGCAAGGGUUUCAACUUUCAAUCAAAGAAGCAAAUCGCCAUGACCUAUUGCACCAGUUGAAAGCAAAAAGCCGUCGAACGGAGAAGCCCUAACCAGCCGUCAUCUUCCACGACCACUGGGUUCGCCAUGGCUACUCGACGACCUUCAUCUUCGGCGAGUCUCUGGCCCUGCCUACAGAAUUUCCCUAGUGCCCAAAUCGCCUCUCGCCAGUCCAUCUCUCUGAAAUGGCAAGGAGACAAGCUUUGUUUCCUGGAGACUCUGAGUUCCAGCACCUGCUUCACAUAUUCAGGAAGUACUAGCUGCCGAUGUCACAGAUCAUAUCUUUGCAAUUGUUUUCUUCGGACUUCUACUACGUGCUACAUCUUUUCGGGGAUGAUUUUUGCUGGUACAACUUCUAAUACAACUUCAACCUACGGGCAUGUUUCUCAUAUUUUGGAGGGUUUCAAGUAGCCCAUUUAUGUGGUUGGCUUUGGGAGCAGAAAGGGUAUAACCUCGGUAAAGAAGCAAGCUUCAAGUAAAGAAAAUCUGCGGAAUGAGAUGGUUGGCCAAGUGCAUGAUUACAUUUUCAGGAAAAUAGAAUUGCAUUAGUUAUUUUUUAAUGAGUCCAAUUAGUUGGGCUCUUUUAUGUAGUUUUUUGUUGGGAAAUUGUUUUCCAAGCUAAUGUAAUGAAUCUUUAUUGUAUAUUGACAUUUGGAUAUAGUUGGUGUUGAAUGGAAUAAAUCAUUUUUGUUUCUUAAAUAAAA